GCACAUUAAAGUUAUUUACAAUGGCUCACGUUGUUGGACGCCUAAAAAAACAGAAGGAAGAUGAUUUAGCCAAGGAACAGGAACGACUGGAAACAGCACGGAUAUAUUCAGAAUACGUCCGUGAUUUCGAAAGUACAGGACUGUCUUCCGAGACUUCUAAUGAUAUACAAUUUGUUAAAAGUGGACAACCUUUAAACAACCCGGAUACAUCCAAUGUGUUCAGCAAUGCGGAUGCUGAUUCCACUGCCCUUGACGAGCACGGUGCUGAAUACCUGAAUUACGUACAACCAGCACCUCAUACCAGGAGGAUAGCACCUGGUAAAACCAAGGAAAUUGAUGCUUUCAUCCAGGAACUAAAAGAAAAACAACAACGCCAGGAAGCAGAGAAAGCCUUACAGCGCAAAGGAGUUUCUAGCGCCACUAGAACAUCGCGAUUCUGUAGUCCCAAAGUGGACUAUGAUAUACACAAGCAGGAUACUUUAAGUCAAUCAAAGAAUGCUUUAUAUAUUAGCAACUUACCAUUAUCGGUACAACAAUUUGAUGUAGAGCGCCUAUGCUCACGCUAUGGAGCCAUUGAUCACGUGUCUAUUGUACCAGUUACAACUGGACCGCAUGACUCUGUAUAUGCAGUUGUUAUAUACAGGGACCCUACAGAUGCAGCCUGUGCAAAAGAUGAUUUAGAUGGCAAGGAGAUUUAUGGGCGCAGGUGUGAGAUCAAUUGGGGAUAUCAAGGUGCCAUACCGAGUCAAUUCACUGGGCAAAUGCACAAUGACACAAGUACUACAAGACCACUGCUAGCAUAUUCGGACACAGUUGACGUUUGCAUGCCAAUGAAUCCAGCUAAACGGGCGGUUAUCGACCUAACGGCACGUUAUGUCGCCGAGAUUGGGGCUGACUAUGAAUAUUUGCUCAUAUCUAACGAGAAACGGGAUGGGCUAUUUAGUUUUCUGCAUGACCGAUGUUCACCGGAGCAUGUAUACUAUAGGUGGAAGGUGUAUUCUCUAUUACAGAAUGAUACCGAUAGCAAAUGGCGUACUGAUGGGUUCUGUGUGAUAACAGAUGGAUUAGUUUGGUACCCACCUACGGAUCUAACACAGCCUAGAGUUCCUGAUCCAUUACUAGGGAUUGAUCCCGCGUCACUAUCGCAAAAUGGGAAAACACCCAUGCAACAGAGCGAACUCAGGAAGCUGGAGUCUAUACUUUCAAAUGCUACCACCAUACGGGGUUAUAUCGCUGAUGCUAUGAUGUUUAUGAUCAACCACGGAGAAUCUGCAGUACAGGUCACCGACUGCUUGGUGGAGUAUAUAAUGAAAGAUAGUCCCACUGUUGAUACCAAGAUAAGCCGUUUGUAUAUCCUGAGCGAUGUGUUAUACAACACAUCUGCGUCACAUCAGUUUGGGUGGAUCUAUAGACUAACUUUCGAAAAGAAGAUUCCAGAAGUAUUCGCACAUAUUAGGGAGUAUAUCAAGUCCUCAACUAGCAAGAUCGCAGUACAGGAGCUCAUAAGCUGCGUCGAGCGUAUUUUAAAUGCGUGGCACCAGUGGGAUGCAUAUCCCCAAGAGUACCUAUACGGCCUAGAGAGUAUGCUUUGGGGCCCUUAUCCAUCCGAGUUUGUUACUCUACCGAUAUUCGACCAACAUCGGGAUAUCAUAGAUCCAGGAUACGAUGGUGAUGAGUUUAUUCUAUUUGAUCUAUUGUCAAGAUUCACUUUAAAAUGGAGACCUGUUGCAUAUGAGUACUCCCUCAUGCGACUCAAGAAACUCAAGCAGCUAUGCCAAAAUAGAGGUGUAGUAUCAACACCCUAUACACGAGAAUCAAUGGUUACACGGCUUAUAAUAUACGAUAUUUACGUGGAGUCUAGGGUGGAACGGAGCAAUCUCAACGCGGAGAUUGGAGCAGGUAAAACGGAGACCGCAGAAUCUGAUUCGGGAUCAUCCAUGGAAUUCGAGGAGCCGGGUAAUGAUAUAUCAGCGCCCGUUGAGACUGAAAUUGUACACAAUAAUAAUAUGGAGUCAGAUUGUGACUUAAUGUUAAAACAGGAUCUAACGGAAAGUCAAGCGGAUCAACCAAGUGAACGCGUAGAGAUACAGGAAACUGUAUCUCCGUGUAAAUUUACCGCCACAAUGGAUGAUGAUAUAGACGAUAUGUUCGCAACAGAUAACAGUGAAACUUAAUGUAUACAUACUAAUAGCAGCCUCAAAAUUACAUU